AUGCCCUCUUUUUCCAAGCCACGCAUCAUCACUUGGUUGAUCCUCAUCAUGAUUGUGUUAUACAUCCUUUACUCUUCCAAUUUUCUUCUCUUAACGAGGAGCAAGAAAGAUUGUUCCAACUCCAUUCGUUUGGAGGCAUCCUCCGAAGAACAACCUAAUAACGUGUCAUCAACUACAAACACUGUCGAGAGAGAAAGCGAUGAAGAUGAGAAACCAGGUGAGGAAAAGAACGAAAAGGAAGAAGAAGAGGAAGAGGAAGAAGAAGAGAAAAUACCCUAUGAUGAGUUGUCUCAGAGACAAGACACCAACGUUGAACACAUUGUUUUUGGGAUUGCUGCUUCAUCGAAUUUGUGGGAAACAAGAAAAGAAUACAUUAAGGUGUGGUGGAAGCCUAAUAAAACAAGAGGGGUGGUGUGGUUAGAUAGCAAAGUGAAGGUUAAAGCAAAUGAAGGGUUGCCACAACUUCGAAUUUCUGGGGACACAAGUAAAUUGAAAUACACGAAUAGUCAAGGGCAAAGGUCUGCAUUGAGGAUUUCGAGGGUGGUGACAGAAACAUUGAGGCUUGGACUGAAGAAUGUGAGAUGGUUCAUGAUGGGAGAUGAUGACACAGUGUUUAUUGUGGAUAAUGUGGUUAGGGUUCUUUCCAAAUAUGAUCAUACUCAGUUCUAUUAUGUUGGUAGUUCUUCUGAGAGCCAUGUUCAGAACAUUCAUUUCUCAUAUGCUAUGGCGUAUGGUGGAGGAGGAUUUGCCAUAAGCUACCCUUUAGCGAAGGAGCUUGCAAAGAUGCAAGAUCGUUGCAUUCAACGAUAUCCUGCUUUGUACGGAAGUGAUGAUAGAAUGCAAGCUUGCAUGGCGGAACUAGGGGUGCCCAUAACUAGGGAACAAGGCUUUCAUCAGUACGACGUGUAUGGCGAUCUCCUAGGUCUUCUGGGGGCACAUCCCGUGACUCCACUACUGACAUUACACCACAUCGAUCUGGUGCAACCAAUAUUUCCAAUGAUGAAUCGAGUAGAAUCCCUGAAACACCUGAUGAAAUCAGUUAAGCAAGACUCAGGUAGCAUAAUGCAACAAUCAAUCUGCUAUGACGAGAAGAGAUUCUGGUCGAUCUCGAUUUCAUGGGGCUUUGUGGUACAAGUUUUGAGAGGGGUGUUAUCUCCCAGAGAGUUCGAAAUGCCAACGCGAACCUUUCUAAAUUGGUACAAAAAAGCUGAUUACACUGCAUACUCAUUCAACACUAGACCUGUCACCAAAAACCCUUGUCAGAAAGCUUUCCUUUUCUACAUGAACAGAACACGAUACGAUCCAGUUAGAAAGAAAAUUUUUGGCACUUAUUCUCGCUUCAAAACCAGAUCUCCUGAAUGCUCAUGGGAAAUCCAAUCGCCAGAGACUAUCGAUAACAUUAUAGUUUCGAAAAAACCAGAUCCUCUUCGUUGGCAAAGGUCAACAAGGAGAGAUUGUUGUAGGGUUCUACCCACACAAGAAAACUCAACUAUGUCUUUAUGGGUGGGCCAGUGUGAAGAAGGAGAGGUUAGUGAAUUAGAUUUAGAUGAAAAAGAGAUGCCAGAUUUCGACUAA